AUGCAACUCACGCGUGUGCUAUUCAAGCGCUCAGUGUGGAAGGGCCCCAACAUUGUCCCUCUUCCACUCCCGAGACAAUUACCUCCUCCCCCGAAUACCCCGCCUAUCCGCACGCAGAAGCGCGCUGCUACCAUUCUCCCGAAUUUCGUCGGGCUGCGGUUCUCAGUGCACAACGGGAAGACGUACCAGGAUGUCUUGAUCACAGAGGAAAUGGUCGGGAGGAAACUGGGCGAAUAUGUGCCGUAUGAAGCUGACUUCACUCGGAAGAGGUUCACGUACAAGCAGUCGAAGAACAAAUAGUCGUGCGCGGUUUUCAGGGGUAGGGGUUGGUGGAUGUUGUGUUGCUUCUUGUUCCCCCAGCGGACAUCGACAUAUUGGGAUCUGGAUUUCUCAUCUGGUUCUGGGGUUUUGAGCGUUUU